CUCAGCGAGACCAAGGAAUCUAGUCAUCUGGAAUCUGCAGGUGCCUGUCGUUUUGGCUGACAAAUGUCACAGGUUCAGACAGCAGCUGGGCAGCAGAAGGGUCUGAACUGGCUGAAUAGCAGGGAAAAGCUUGUAGCUCUUCUCGUUGCCAGUCUCCUUCUUCAAGCUCCUGCCGUGACGUGUGCUGUAACAGUGAACUGCUCCUACCCAGAUGCCAAGUCCCUCUAUAAGGAAAUAGAAAAGACCUUUUAUUUAAACCCCAUCCGUCCCGUGUACAGCCUGCAGACACCCACCAAUAUCACAAUCUAUUUUACACUGUAUGGCAUCCUCGGGGUGGAUGAAAAGACCCAGAUAUUAACAACGUAUAUUUGGCUCACGCUGAGUUGGGAGAUUGAGUAUCUGAGCUGGGACCCUGUACAGUGUGGGAUUGCAAAGAUCACACUUCCCAGGCAAAAGCUAUGGAUGCCCGAUGUUGUUAUUAAUGAGUGUAUGGACAGGGACACAUCUCCUCAGAUACCUUACGUGCAUUUGGAUUCCUCUGGUUAUGUGACAGACGGUCGGCCAGUGAGGUCUGUCAGCUCCUGCAACCUGGACAUCUACACCUUCCCGUUUGACGUACAGAAUUGUUCCUUGACAUUCAAUUCCUACAUCCACACCGCUUCUGACAUUACAAUAAAUAUGGGAGAAUCAGGAGAAGAGUCACUGAUGCUGUCCAAUAUGGUGAUGGACAGAAUUGAAGAAUGGGAACUAGUGGACAUCACUGCUUCUAAAACACGAUGCGCUUAUUAUAAUGAUAAUUUCUUUGACACAGUUGUCUACAAUGUAAGUAUUAUAGCACCGGAAUUCAGUACAGAUGAUCCUCGCUUUACGAUGCUUCAGCUCACGAUGCACGUUCAGUUAGCGAUAAGCCAUAUGAUACUAUCAGCCAAUGCCGGAGCAAUCGUCAUGAGACGCAGGCCCACCACGUAUGUCGUGAACCUCCUGAUCCCCAGCUGCUUCCUCAUGAUCGUGGACCUCAUAAGCUUUCUUCUGCCACCAGAGGCUGUAGACCGUGCCACCUUCAAGAUGACUAUCAUCUUGGGCUACACCGUAUUCCUGCUCAUCAUGAAUAAUUUGCUACCUAUUACCGGAAAUAGACUUCCACUACUUAAUGUCGUCUUCUCCGUCUCCCUGGCUUUGAUGGUAGCAAGCCUUCUGGAGACUAUCAUCAUUACCAAAAUCCUGUGCAGAUCCAACCACUCCGCAGUGCCUCACUGGGUCAAGAUCCUUGUUUUGAAAUGCCUGGCCUGGCUUGUUCGUUUUCCUCAGAAACUGGGUGACCAGGACACAGAUACUUACACCCCUAGCACUCAAGCGGUGAAGAAUCCAGUUUCCAUGAGUGUUUCAGACCCAACCUCCAAUAAAUCAAGGCUCCAGAUUGACGAUCCAGUUGUAGAGGUGCUGAAGAAGCUAGGUCAGGAUCUUCUAGCCAUUCGCAUUGAAGUGGAGAAGCACCUCACAUGCAGGCAUGCUGCUGAUGAGUGGCACCGGGUUGGAGACAUUAUUGAUCGUUGUUUUUUCAUCCUCUAUGUCCUCUUCAUUUUCUUUAGUCUUAUUGCUUUUGUUAUCAUUUGGGUACAAUGGCUUGGUAAAUAGUCCGACUGUCAUACAUGUGAGCUGUCACUGACUGAGCAUUUACAUGAAGACAUUGGCAACGACAUGGAAGUGCAAUUCAUCAUUUAUAAAAUUAGUGCUUCUCAGAAAUUGUAGCACUCUGAAAUUAUACCAAUGUCUUUUCAUUUGCACUACUAGACUGUGUUUUGGCAGAUAUCCACUAUCGUCUACCCAGUGAAUAUGGAUUUAUCUCCAUUUGAUUUCUGUAAGCUGUAAGCUUUUCACAGAUGUGACAAUGACAUGAAGAUAAAAAAUAACAAUUAAAAUAUAAAAUACAUACAUGAACGCAUAUGCACACACACACAUAUACGUAUAUAUAUUUAUAUAUAUACACACACACACAUACACAUAGUGCUCACAGAAAGUUUUGGGAUACUUUUGCACAAAAGUGCAUUGACAAGCAAUGUUUAACGUAUCUUCCACAUAGAUAUUUUCUUUUCAUUAAGGAUAAUUUUUU